AUGUCGUCCAACCAGCACCCAAAGGAAGUGCCGGAGGGCGGUGUCACCAUGCAGGGGCAUUUUUUGCCUGGCGGUACUGUGGUGUUUACUAGCUUUGGCGGCACCCACAUAGACCCAAAUGUGUGGGAGGAGCCGUACAGAUUCAACCCUGGUCGGUUCAUUGACGCACCUGAUGCCAAACGCAGCAUCUGUGCAUUCAGCGCUGGCGUCAGAGGGUGCCCGGGCCGUAACCUGUCGUUAAUGGAGAUGAUGACAGAUAUCGGCCAAUAUGCUCAGGGACUACAAUCUGGCGCUGCCCGGACGACCUGA